GCCUUCGUGAUUCCAGCAGACACUCCACAGCCAUGACUCCCCCGGCCGACCUCCGACCUUUGCCCGGGCUGCUCGUCGUGAUGCUGCUGAUGUCACUUCCUGCUGCAGCUCUGGAACCAGAGACGUGUUUCUCCCGGCAGCAUCAGGGCGCCGCCAUCAACGUCAGGGCAGCGCUGAGCCGGGACGCGGUGGCCAUGAUGGCCCGGACGGUCCGGUCGGAGCGGGACUGCGUCCUGGCCUGCUGCUCCGAAGAGGUCCGAACAGGCUCUCGGUGCAACAUGGCCGUGUUCAAAGCCAACAAACACGCUGGCGAAGACAACUGCCUGCUGUUCCACUGUCCUACCGAGUCGGACUGUCCUCUGAUGAAAGCCGCCGAGGGCAGCAACACCUACGACAUCUACAAAGGUUUAAGUCAUCCACCCACACUGAGACCUGUUCCCAUGACAACCACACUCCAUACUACCAGCACCUCCACCUCUACCACAUCAGCACCAACUACACCAACCACCAGCCAGCCCACCAGCACAACCAGCACACCAACCACCGCCCAGGCACUGCACUCCACCCCAGAACCUUCCCCACCCAUCAUCAUCAUUGCCACAGAGCCUGCAGGUACUCCACCCACCAACACCACUACAAGCACCACCACCAUGGGAUCCUCUCCCACCUUCACCACCAGAAAACCCAACAAAACCAGCAAGAAGCAAAACAAAACCAUCAAGAAAGGAAAAUCUCAUCCAGCCCUCACCACCACUACCACCACUACCCAAACAGCUCCCAGCUCCAUGACAUCACUUCCUGCUGAAACAGGAAGGAAGGAGGUGGAAGAUAAACAUACUAGUGUUCUAGAAACUACAACUUUAGCUACACCCACCACUGUGGCUCCAACCACCAGUACAACCAGUACAACCACUACAGCCACAACGACUACAGCCACCUUCCCCAUCACCACCACCACCCUGCCUCCAACCACCACCACCACCACCACCACCCAGCGUACCUCCACCACUGAGCCAACCACCACAGUGACAGCUCAACCGCCAAGUCUGAUCUUCAUUCCCAAAGACCCAGUCCAGUCAGAGCCCGACCUCCAACCGGGCCACCCCACCCUGAACUCCAGCUCCAGCCGGGGGAAAGCGGUGGCGGCCCAGGGGGCGCUCAAGGGCGGCGUGGUGGCCUUCAUGGUGCUGGCGCUGGCCGUGCUGACGCUGGCGCUGGCGGUGGGCGGCCGGAAGGCCAUGGAGUCCUUCGACCGGCGCCAUUACACCAGACUGGAGCUCAACGACCUGCACUAUGAGAUUUAGCAGGAGAAUCCAACAUUUCUGCUUUAUUUAAGGUUGUUUAAGUAUUAGCUACACAACUCUGAACGUCUGCUCACGCUUUGUUUACGAAGUCAGAGAAUCCUGCUCUCUGAUUGGUCAGAUUCGGCUGUUGAAGCUCCCGACUCUCCAUUGGCCACAGAGAUAGUCCCCGCCCCUUGGCAUGGACGGAGAAACUGUGUUCAGUCAUUUUUAAGGAUUACACAGAUUAAAUUUACAGACGAGUUAAA